UAACCCUAAAACUAAAAAUAUGAAAUGAAAUGUUCACUAAAUUCUUGAUAUUUCUAGGUAUAUCAUUAACGUCUUCUUCUACAUCAAUCUUUCCCAUUUCUCCAUUUCCCAUUUUGCCCCUCACCAAGAUCUCAACAUCCUCAUCGGAAAAAAAUCAUCAAAAUUUGAAGGACCUUUUUGACAAAAUUCAGUAUUCUUCUGUACCAAUCUGAAUUUUCCGAGAAAAGUUAGGGUAUGAGAUUUUAAUUAAGGGAUAAUUAUGAGAUCAUCGUCUAUCUCGCCGGAAAAUUCAAGUAGUGCUCCGUCAACGUCACGGAAAAUUCAAAACCCUAAUUGUAAACACAGUUAUAACAAUAAUAACAACUACGAUUACACCUCAAUCCCCAAUUGCAAACGCAGUAAUGUCUUUCAGCUGUUAACAAGGAGGGAGGUAACUCCUCGAACUAAACGUGCUUCCAGAAAGUUUUGGGGUGAGAACACUAAAUGUACUCUCGACUCCGAUGGGUUAAAAAGUGAAGUGGCAAGUGAUGCUAGACGGGGACUAGUAUCAUGGGUAGAGGCUGAGUCGAUGCAACAUUUAUCAGCCAAGUAUUGCUCACUGUUGCCUCCUCCAAGGUCUACCAUUGCAGCAGCAUUCAGUCCUGAUGGGCGGACACUUGCUUCUACGCAUGGCGAUCACACGGUGAAAAUAAUUGACUGCCAAACUGGGAAAUGCUUAAAGGUUUUGAGUGGACACCGCAGGACACCUUGGGUGGUUCGUUUCCAUCCAUUGUACCCUGAAAUACUUGCAAGUGGAAGUUUGGACCACGAAGUUCGGUUAUGGGAUGCAAAAACUGCCGAGUGUAUAGGAUCACGUGAUUUUUAUCGUCCCAUCGCAUCCAUUGCAUUCCAUGCCCAGGGAGAAGUUCUGGCUGUUGCUUCUGGCCACAAGCUUUACAUAUGGCAGUACAACAGAAGAGGAGAGGCUUCUUCACCAGCAAUUAUACUGAAGACGCGGCGGUCUCUUCGUGCUGUACAUUUCCACCCGCAUGCUGCCCCGUUUCUUUUAACAGCUGAGGUCAAUGAUCUGGACUCAUCCGAUUCCUCAAUGACACGUGCGACUUCUCCGGGUAACUUGCGGUAUACUCCUCCUACUGUGUAUUUGACUGAUGCUCAUUCCACUUAUCAAUCUGCUUCAGCAAAUGAACUGCCUAUCAUGUCUCUACCAUUCCUGAUCUGGCCAUCAAUUGCUAGAGGUGAUCCUAGAACGCCCGUGCAGCAGAGUGAUACAGAUGUGGGAUCUGACAGUAUACAACACAGAGCAGACACUUCGUCAUCUGUCCGCCUUCUUACAUAUUCAACUCCUUCCGGCCAGUAUGAACUUUUAUUGUCACCUAUUGAGCAAAGUGCAUCUCCUGCACAAGAAGCUUAUACUGGUUCUUCUCUCAGGGAAAACGAGACAGGUACCCAACCUUUGGUUGAUCCCAUGGAGACUGACGGGCAGCCAGAAGAGAGAAACAAUCAGUUUUUCCCUUUUAGUGACCCGGCAUAUUGGGAAUUGCCUUUUUUGCAAGGAUGGCUGAUUGGCCAAAGCCAAGCUCAACAAGCAACUCGUUCAGAGCUUAGUGGUGCUACCACCAAUCCCUCAACUUAUGGCGAACUGGAAAAUCCUUCUACUGUUCCCUCGGUAAUUUCAAGCAAUAGUCAUCCAAGAUCCGGUAGGUCUGGUUCUCGGCACCGUUCUUCACGAUCUCGAGCGAUCCCUGUUGCUAGAGCUGGUGAUGGUGCUGCUCCCCUUAAUGUUGUGCAUGAUGAGAGUGAUUCCCAAAUAUCUAUUGGUCGCAUCCAGUCAGAGAUAGCUACAUCGUUGGCUGCAGCAGCAGCUGCUGAAUUACCUUGCACUGUGAAACUCAGAAUAUGGCCUCAUGAUAUUAAGGAUCCAUGUGCACCCCUUGAUGCUGAAAGAUGUCGGUUAAUAAUACCUCAUGCUGUACUUUGCAGUGAAAUGGGAGCCCAUUUUUCACCAUGUGGGAGAUUUUUAGCAGCUUGUGUUGCAUGUAUUCUGCCAAACGUGGACUCUGACCCUGGUUUUCAUGGUCAUCUUCAUCAUGAUACUAUGGCAGCUGCGACUUCUCCGACCAGACAUCCAAUUGCUGCCCAUCAGGUUAUGUAUGAGCUACGGAUAUAUUCCCUGGAGGAGGCAACGUUCGGUUCCGUGCUUGCAGCUAGGGCAAUUAGAGCUGCUCAUUGUUUAACUUCAAUUCAGUUUUCUCCAACUUCAGAGCAUCUGUUACUUGCUUAUGGGCGUCGCCACAGUUCACUACUGAAAAGUGUUGUGAUUGACGGAGAGACAACUAUACCCAUUUACACGAUUCUUGAGGUCUAUAGAGUUUCUGAUAUGGAUCUUGUGAGAGUUCUUCCCAGUGCGGAGGAUGAGGUCAAUGUUGCUUGUUUCCAUCCUUCAGUUGGUGGUGGCCUUGUCUAUGGAACCAAGGAAGGGAAAUUAAGGAUUCUCCAAUAUGACAAUUCAAAUAGCUUGGGCCGCACAAUAUCCAGUUCUCCUGUUGAAAACAUGCUCGAGGUCCCGACAUAUGCUUUGGAAGGCUAGUAGCUUUUGAUGAUACGAAAAGGUGCAAAGAUGAGUGCUUUUGCUGGUGACAAUGAAACCUUGACAUCUUAAUGCAGCACAGCAGAAUAUGAAAGAGGUUUAUACUUGAGCUUGUCUAACCUGGCCGCUACAGAUUAAAUGGCACUAUCAGGGACCGAAAGUUCACAGAGCGUCUCGCCUGAACUACUACCCAUGUGUCUGCAGUAACGCUCUGGACUUCUCUGUCUGAUGGAAGUAAGUGCUGGCGGGGAAUUGAGGGACUGUUUCUAAAAUUUCCCGGCAGAUGACUUCAAAUGUACUAUAGUAGUUGGAUUUUAUUGAAUUUUCUUUCAGAAGAAAAAAGAAAGAAAAAGGUCGUCACACACAUUGAGCUUUUCUCCGGGUCAUCUUUUUACUCUUGAAGUACAGUAGUGAUUUCUAUGAUUUUUUUUCUACAUGUUGUAAAAGAAAUUUGCUCUUUUUUCUUCUUUUUUCUUUUGGCUAUGAAAUUGAGACGUUGUCCUGGUGUUUAAAUGAACGCUUUAUAAAAUGGUCACUUUCAGUCGCC